GCAGAAAUUUGAAACCAGUUAGUGACAAAACGCCAUACCAAUUACCAAUGACAGCAGCUGUUAAAGCGCAAAGCAAUUCAGACUAGAAAGCAAAAGUUUAAUUUCCAAAAAAAAUAUUAAUAUUUGAAUCAAAAGUUUACUCACGCCAGUCGUCGCUUGCAAAACCACACCCACUGAGAUAGUAGCUGUUAUGCCCGAAACGAAUAAAUUGUUGAAUAAUGGUUAUCUACGCACACCGCAUAUCUUUGGCGUAAGCAGCGGUGCAACAAUGGAGGACGGCGGGGCAACAACUGCCGUUUCGCCGCUGCUCAGCGAUAGCGGCGACAUCGCCACCACUACGCUUAUAGAUGACAAAUUGUCUAACCUACAACAGAAUAGCAAGAAUUUAAACAACAGUGCAGCGAACAAUGGACCGCAUGUCAAAUUGCCCACAGUGGUGUAUUUAGGCGCUGACAGUGGUGGCGGCGGUGGCGGUGGUGUUGGAGGAGUUGGUGUGAGCAUCAGCAGCGGUACCGGUGCAACGCGCACUACACUUCAGCGGAACGCACCCUCGCCCUACCAAAGCACCACAACACCCAUGCACCACCAGCAUAGCGAUUGGCUGAUGAAGGAGCCGACACAAAGACGGCGCUUGCUCAUCUUAGCUGCAGCUUUCAUGGUGCUCGGCGCUGCGAUCGGUGCAUUGGCGAUCUAUUUUGCUGGCAGCUAUCGUUGUCACUCGUUGCCCACCGCUGGCACGGCAGUAAGCGUUGACAGCAGUAGAUUGGAUACUGAAUAUGGAGGUGCAAAAACUCUUCAGCAGAAUAUUUGCUUAACAGAGGAUUGCGUUCGAACAGCUGCCUCGUUGCUUUCGGCCAUGGAUACAACAGCGGACCCUUGCACAAACUUUUUUCAGUUCGCCUGUGGCACAUGGAACAAGAUACAUAUCAUACCCGAAGAUCGCAGCUCCAUUAGUACAUUCGAGGUUCUCUCUGACGAGCAGCAGGUGGUGUUAAAAGGCGUGCUUGAGGAGCCCAUCAAUGACAAUGACAACAACGCCACAAUCAAGGCGAAACAGUUUUACAAAAGCUGCAUGGAUUUACCUCAAAUACGCAAAAUUGGAGAGGGUCGCCUGAAGGAGGUGCUCAAAUCGCUCG